AUGGCCUUCAAAAGCGGGUCGUUCGCGACUUUCCUCAUCGUCUGCCCAACCUGUUUCUUCCUGGGCAUCAUCUUCUCCCUCUUCCCUUACGACUACCCGAUCCUGUGGUCCACGGUGUUGACCCCGCCCGCACACUAUGACUAUCUCGAAGCGCAUCUCCGCUUCCUGCACGCCUCGCCCCCGCUCAUCCCACGCAUCCUGCACAUCGUAAUCUUCCUCGGUCUAGCCGGCCUCCUCACCAAACUCUACAAGCCCUCCGAAUCAAACAUGCUCUUCGACGGCGCCUCGCUGGUCCUAUACAUGUGCGGCGUGACAGUCUACAUCGCCAACAUCGUCAAGGGCCUGCGCCUCGCCUCUGCCGGCCAGUACGGCGCCGAGCUGGCUUCCUCCGCCGACGAGAAGGAGCAGAUCCUGGGUCGCGAGGACUCGCUCAAGGUUCUCUCCGCUAGCAAUACUAUUCUUGCCCUUGUCCUCGUUGGCAUCCUGGUUCUGCAGGCUGGGCAGUGGUAUGCGGAGCGCAAGGAUGCGCAGGAAGAUGAGUCGUUCGCGACUAAGAAGACUGAGAAGGAGUCCGGUGAUGCUACGGCCACUGCUUCUGGUGCGUCGACUGCGACUGCUACUAAGUCCGGUCGCCAGGGAAGUCAGCGUAAGAAGAGCAAUUGA